GCUGUCACUGCGAAAAAGACCUCGGAAGACUAUCACAAAUCAGUUUAUGAGGAGAAAAUAACACAACUCCAACACAAUCAAGAAUCGCUGUUGGCUCGGAACGACGCUCUUCGGAAAUGCACGGAUCUUGGAGAGCCACGAAUCACGCUAAAGAAUACCCUCUCGCCAGCAUUUCUUGCUUGCCAGAAGCCCGAGUCAGACUGGAGUAAACUUGAACGCGAAAUGAGGGAAGAGCUGGUGGUGCUGCGCAAAGAUAGGUUAGUGCUCACAUCUGAAGUGGAGGAGCUCAAGCGAAAGCUGCUACGAGCAGAAGUGGAGAAGAAGGAAGUGGAUGGAUUCCGAGCUCGACUCGAUCGUGAGGUGGCCUCGUUGAAGAGGCACAUUGAAGCUCUCGAAGGAAGAAAAACGCGUACGAAAGCCGCUGUUCAAUACCACCUCAUGAGGGAAAUCGAUCGAUAA